AUGUUUUGUAAAUCUUCCAAGUUUUCUAGCUCACAUUUUCUUGUAGACUACCGACCAAUAGUUGACAUGGAGCUGAUGUUGGAACAUCCAAGGGAGGCCUUAAAGGCAGAAAGGUACCUCAAGGUUCCAUUUUACACUGGCGUCGUCCAGAACGAAUUUAGCUUUCUUAAUAGUGUAACGACGGAUGCAGAUGGCUUCAAACUAAAACUAGAAACGUUGCUAAAUGAAGUUCUAUCCUGCAAAUCAGGUGAUAUAUCUACCAUCAUCAACUCAGUCAAAUUGAACUACAUCGAUUGGAGCGAAACGCAGAAGUUUGGACAAAACAACGGCGCGUCACUUUUAUAUAGGCAAACUGAGGUAAUCAACGAUGUUGGAAUGAUAUAUCCAUCUAUCUUCAUAUCCGACCUGCUGUCCGCCACCAACCCUGAUGUCUUCUACUACUAUUUCGAGCACGAGAAAAGUUUGCACAUUUUUGAUAUGAACUACUACUUUGGGGUUCCGUUUGGAAACGAGCCUGUUGAAGAUUAUGUUUGGAAUAAAAAGUGGAACGAGAGCACGGUUGAAGAUCAAAAGUUAUCUGAGAAGAUGCUUAAACUUUGGGUUUCUAUAUUUCAGAACAGCAAGCCAGACCCAAUCGACAACAUAACCUGGCCUAGGUACAACAAAACCACCCAGCACUACAUCACCAUAUCCACGCAACCAACUACAAUCCGUCGUCACUUCGACAUGAAAAACAAUUACUUCUGGAAUUCAUAUAUGCCGGAAUUCUUUGAAAACAUCUGCGGAAAUUCGAUGUACGAUAGACGCCACAACUUCUCGACUGUUAAUGAUGAUUCAAAUGAUACUAUUUCCAGUAACGAUCACUGCGUUUUCGGUCAUCUUGACAAAAGUCUCGUUAAAAAAUUGAGAAAUUCAACUACAAGUUGA